AUGCUACCCCCAUUUGACUACUUUGCGUACCGUCGAGCACGCACCCAGAAGCAGGCGGAACGCGCUACCCGCUUCGCUUCGUUGCCAUCUCCCUACCAUCUCCGGAUCACCGAUGCCGAUAAGCACAUUAUCGAUCAGCCAAUCGAAGAGCUAGUCCGCGAUAUUCAAGGCUCGACGAUCUCGCCCUUGACUGUGCUGCAAACAUACGGCAAGGUCGCUGUCAGAGCUCAGAACCGUACCAACUGCAUCACCGAGCUGCUUCUUCCAGAAGCGGAGUCAUGGCUCGAGUCGGAUAUUAAUUUGAAGGGUCCCCUGGCGGGCAUUCCUGUCUCGCUGAAGGACACGGUUCAGGUUAAGGGCUUUGAUAGUACACUCGGCUACUCGGUGUGGGCGAACAAGCCGUUCCAGGAAGAUGGGCCUAUGGUCAGGCUCCUUAAGGAUGCGGGAGCGGUACCCUACGCGAAGACUGCAGUGCCCAUGACGCUUCUCUCUUUCGAGUCCGCCAAUGGUCUCUGGGGUCACUGCUGCAAUCCCCACGUCCUCGACUACUCCCCCGGUGGUUCCACCGGCGGAGAAGGAGCGCUUCUUGCCCAGGGUGGCCGCAUUGGUAUUGGAUCCGAUGUUGCUGGAUCAGUGCGUGUGCCCGCCGCCUGGAGCGGCAUCUACUCACUCCGCUGCAGCACCGGUCGUUGGCCCAAGAUCGGUGUCAGCACGAGCAUGCCUGGCCAGGAGGGUAUUCCAAGUGUCUUCAGCCCUAUGGCGCGCACCCUGAACGACCUCACAUACUUUACCAAGGCCAUCAUUGGGAUGCAGCCUUGGAAGUACGAUUAUUCCGUCCAUCCUAUCUCCUGGCGUAAGGAGCUGGAGGACGAGGCACAGAGCAAGCCUCUGCGCAUUGGUCUCAUGACCACUGAUGGUGUCGUCCCCCCAACGCCCGCGAUUGAGCGCGCCAUCUCUACUACCGUCGCCGCCCUGACUGAGGCCGGCCACGCCGUUACCGAGAUCACCACCCCGCCCAAUGCCGACCCCUUCACCGGCCUCAACCUCGCCUCGCAGCUCCUCAACUCGGACGGCUGCCACCACUUCAACGCGAACCUGCGCAGCUUCGAACCCUCCGACCCAGGCGCCAACCAGCUGUCCCGCUUUGCGCACCUGCCGCGUCCCCUGCGCUAUCUGUACUACCUGUACGUGCGCUACAUCAAGCGCGACAAGGUGCUCGCUACGCUGAUCAAGGACUUCGGUCCCAAGACCUCGGCGGCCCUGUGGCCGCUGGUCGCGCAGCGCGAGGCCUUCCGCGCGACCUGGCAUAAAUGGUGGGACGCGGAGCCGCAGCAGUUCGACUUCAUCCUGUGCCCUGCGAAUGCGACACCUGCGCUGCCGCAUAAAGCGAUGCACGACGCUGUCUCGUCGUGCGGUUAUACUUUCCUCUGGAAUCUGCUGGAUUACUCUGCUGGGGUCCUGCCUGUGGGCCACGUUGACGCUGUCCGCGACGCGCUCGUCACCCCAUACAAGACUACACUGAAACGCCUUGGUAACGACAAUGCGAUCGCGCGCGGCGCCUGGAAGCACUACGAUUCCAUGAAGAUGGCUGGCUUGCCUACUGCGGUGCAGGUUGUCGGUCGCCGCUGGCAGGAGGAGCAGGUACUGGGGUAUAUGGCGGUUGUGGAAAAGGCGCUGGAGCAGUACCGCGAUCCACAGACUGGCCAGAGCAGCAAGUAUACCUUGCUGGAGAUUGACUGA